AUUCAAUUGCAAAUAACAUUGAUUUCUUUUGUAUAUUUGUGAUGUGGAGCAUCGUAGAAUUAUUUUUAAAUGGUGCUUUGUUGUGGAUUUUCUUCGAAGUUUCUUGCAUUUUAUUAGUGAAUGCAUUUUAUUUUUCUAUACCGUGGUUUAUUUGGGGCGCAUUAAUUGUUACCGUAUUAUUAUGGUUUUUAAAACUUCCACAAUCCGAUUCAAAUAUUGUCAAAGAAAUAUUUGGCGAUGAUCAUCUUGCUUUCAAGAGGAUUAAUUUAUCUAAUAAUGACAAUCAAGAUAAUAAAAAACAAUACUGCAUGCGUGUUGUUGCACAUCGUGGUGGAGGAUUCGAUUAUCCAGAAAACAGCUUAGCGGCUUUUCGUAAUUGCAAGGAAAAGGGCUGCAAUGUGGUGGAAUUUGAUGUAAUCCUUACGAAAGAUAACAUUCCAAUAAUAUUCCAUGAUGUAACUAUUCAAAGACUAACUGGCCACGUAGGAAUUGUUAAAGAAAUGACAUGGAGUGAACUUAAAGAAUUAGAUAUAACGUACAAUCAUCCUCUUAGAAAUAAAUUUAAUGGGGCAAAAAUUGCAUUGUUUGAUGAGGCAAUUGAGGAGUGUUUAAAAAAUGGUCAACGCAUGUUCAUUGAUAUCAAGGAGAAAGAUUUGGCAAUUGUACAAAUAAUUGUCAAUGCUUUCAAUAAUAAUCCGGAAUUAUUUCGCAAAGCAGUUGUAUCAAGUUUUAAUCCUCUGGUUAUUUAUAUGAUAAGAAAGAAGGAGCCAAGAAUUAUAUCAAGCUUAGCAUGGAGACCACGAAUUUUCUCAACAACGAAUUACAAUGGCUUAGAAGGACCCUCCGUUCGACGUUUUCGUAGUCCAUUUAAAAAUCUCUUUGCUACAAUUCUCGAUAUUCUUCACGAUUGGGCUUUACGUCGUUUUACUUAUUAUAUUUUGGGCAUUUCCGCAAUUUUAUUGCACAAAGAUGUUGUCAAUCCUGACAUAGUACGUUGGUGGCACAAAAGGGGAAUACGUGUAAUUAUAUGGAUUGUUAAUCUACCAUCUGAAAAAGCGCACUAUUCACGAAUUCUCAAAGUACCAUAUCUAACAGAUACUUUACUAUCUGAAGAAAAACUUUAAAAUAAAUUUUGAUAUUUAAAAGUGAAAAUGAUUUAAUAAAUUUGACAUUUUUUAAAUUGUAAUUAUUGUGAAAAAAAAACAAUAAGUAUUGCCUAAAGAAAUUUUAGAUUUUUUUUUUGAAAAAACUACAAAAAUAAUAUAUAUUUUAUAUAUAAAUUGAUGUCACGCUGCAUUAAUCGAAAAAAAAUAAUAAAAAUGCCAAUUUUACAUUAUAAUAAAUUUAUUACGUUUGUGUGUGUAUAUGUAUAAAUUAAAAUAUUGAUUAAGGCUUGA